UAUAAAACUUUUAUCAUUUCUGCGGAACUCAUCAGUUUGGAGUUGCAUUCGGUUCAAGAAUACUUUCUUCACUUUGCGGGUACUUCCACUUCCUGGCAGGAACGAUGCAUAAACUAUUUGUGGCAGUUUUGCUUGCUAUCGUUUAUUGUACGACCGUAAAUGGUGCAGAGCCGUGUGCGGUUCAGCAGCCUGCAUGUCCUCAAGUCCACGGCACUGAAGAUGUCCUUACUGUGCUACCGGUCGUUACUGAUUGCUCAAAGUACAUCAUGUGCGAUCAAGGAGUUGCGAUUAUCAGACCUUGUCCACCUGAUUUAGUUUUCAAUGCUGAGCAGAAAGUGUGUGACUUCGCCAACCGCACGCAAUGCGUACAAUGUUGAGUGGAAAUAGUUUAUUUUUUCAAAGGUGAACGGGAUUAGAAAAAACAAUUGGAGUUUGGAAAAUGAAUGAAGUAAUAAAACGUUCUAUAAACUAA